CACAUAAUUAAUUUUAUAUUUAUAAAGAGUAUAUAAAUAACAUAUGAUUUGGAUACUAUUGGUGGAUUAUUUUGAGGAUUUUCAAUUGUACACCUCUAGAAAUACAAAUAAAAUAAAAAUACAUUUUGGUCGUAGAUUGUACAAGCAUUGAUUUUUCGAUACAAAUUUUGUCAUCAAUAUCUUCAAGAUUUUCCGCGGAGCAGUCCCGAGACAUGCGUUUAACAUGUGAGUGACACAUCUUAACAUGCGUUUCAAGAUUCUAGCUCUGGAUCUUCACACUGAACAGUUUCGUGAUGUCCCAACACCGCCCACACCCCGGGAACCGAGCGAGCUAGUUAACCUUGAAGAUCGUCUAGCCUUGGUUAAAACAUAUUAUGGAGUUUCUCAUUGGGAAGUAAGGAUAUGGAGCUUGGAUCCACAGGAAGAUACAUGGACCAAGACGUACUCAUUUUGUUUAUUCCCUAGAGCUCUUCACCCUUGGAUAUGGAGGUUGUGGUGUAGACCAGUGACAGUUUCUAAGCAAGGGAAUCUUUUCUUCCAUGACAGUGAAAAGAGGCUGUUCAAAUAUAAUCCAGAAACAAACGAAGUCCAUUUUAUCGCUGCAGACAUUCGUGUUUUAUCUCAUUUCGUAGAGAAUAUGGUUCCACUUCGACAUUCGGAUUCUGCUCCAAAGAUUGUGACAUACCCUUCUACACAUCAUUUGCCGCCGGACUCAUGGAUGUCCAAAUGCUUUAAAAGAUUCGAGCGGUUCCCAAACAUUUUGCUUACCACAACUCUUGUGGCUUUUGUCAUUUUUCGCUUUUCGUCUAGGUCUUGAUUUUACUCUGUUGUGAUACUUUUUUUUGUCAAAAAAGAGUCUGCUUCGUCAGUUUUAUGCAAGAGAUUCUUAAACCGAGUCAUAAAAAACAAAGUAUAACUCAUUACUCCACAGCCAUAGGCCAAAUCUCUUGUAUAAAAACCAAAACAAUCUAACUGGAAUCAAGUUUAACAUAUAUUGAGAAACACUUUCAGGUUCAAAGAUCACUGUAGUACAAGAACAAAAGGUAAACAGGAUAAACGUCAAAAACGUGUGUAGUAGAAACAGUCAAAAGGUCAUUCAUUGCAGAGCGCUUCAACGGAAGUAACCGUAGAGCUCCAAGUAGCAAAUGCAAAAGUUCCACGGAGUUGAUGUAUCUGCAGUUGGACCGGUCAGAACCAGCCUGAAAAACCUAAAGGGGAGUAAUGCAUUUGCUGCGGUGAUUGGCCAUGAUGCAAACUGACCGGCCUUGCACAUUGUUUGGUCAUCCUCAUGGACUCUCAAGUCUGUCCAUGUUUUCCCAUCCAUCGAUCCCUUCAAACCCAUCAAGACAACGACAACACAAAACUUUCCUAAGCACCUCUUGUCUUAAGAAGACAGGAAAUAAUUGUAGCAAAAAUAAGAUACCUGAAACUUCCAGAAUCUUGUGAAUGCUCUUGAUCCGUCUUGUCUGAAGGUGUAAUAGUUGCACAUAAGCUGCAACCAA